CAGCCAAUCUUGCAGAAGGCGACGACGGAAGCACUCGUGACGUCACCGCCCUAUCCUGCAACGCCGUAGGUGAUGCAACACCCGAUCGCCUCCGUCAUCGACCCCAAUUCUCUCCUUAUCUCUCCGUCCUUCUCACCUUCUUUCGCCCGUCAUUUCCCUCCCACACAUCGCCCGCUAUCACCUGCCGUCUCUAUCCACCUCCUGCGCCUCGACUGACCUCCUCCUCGUCGAUUGACCUGCAACACUUGCAACAAUGGCUGCUCAUCAACUGGUCGCCACCUUGAUCUUCCGUCUGCUGCUGCCUCUCGUCCUGGGGAUAUGUGCUGCCCUUCGCUUCAGCCUGAUGUCCCUGACCUACCUGCUGCUGGUGCUGGCCGUUCCCCUCCUCCCCGCGCCCACCAUACACACGAUGAGAGGUCACACGGGCCGUUACCUGAAAGCAGUGGCAGGCUUAAGCGUCGUCAACUUUCUCCUGCAGUUUACCUUCCAAAUAGUGUUGCUGAGUCUCCCUCCCUACGCCUACUUCCUGGACGAAUGCAGUUUCCUCGAGGAGCUGAUGCGCCACCUCGGCUUCGUGCGCCUCGACGGCAUCAGCGAAGUGGACGGAACGAGAUGGCUCUUACCCGAGUGCAUUCUGCUCGUGUUUUCCCCCACCGUGUACGUCGCCUGCCUCAAGCUGACUGCCCACGCGAGCCCGGAUUUCCACCUGCCUGCCCACAACGCCCCCAAUACUCAGAAGAACUUGGGGCUUCGGAUUCUCAAUGCUGUGGGCACUUACCUGGCCCUUGCCAUGAUCGGGGGGGCGGGGGUGAUGGUGCCAUCUGUUACCAGCUCCGUCUACUUUAUAGUGUUUAUGGCAAGUGCAACCUACUGGAGCUUAAACAACUCCCUUGGACGUCGCUUCGGGUACGUGUGCCGAGGUGUAAUGGUGUACUCCGGGGUCCAUGUGGUGUUCCUGUACAUCUAUCAAGCCCAGUGGAUACAAGAGCACAUACCACCGGAUUCCCUCGGUGCCAGGGUCACGGGCCUGACGGCGGUGGUGCAGACGAACUGCACUGACCCCCGCUCGGCCCAGGUCACGACGGACGAGUGGUCGAAGUUCGUGAACCCGAUCCUGCUUCUGCUCAUGUACUUUGUGCUCGCGUUCGAGUCCCAGUUCCUGCUGUCGAAUAAGGAGAAGACAGAUAAAGUGGACUACCUCGUCCCUUACACUCCACACCACGACGGAGGCGCUGUAGGUGGUGGAGUUACAGACGACCUUGGUAGUGGAGGAGGUGGAGGAGGAGGAGGGGAAGGAGGAGGAGGCGAGGAAGAAAACUCCCUUCAGAGGCUGAUUGCUCCCCUCGUCAGCGUGUUCCAGCUGGUGAUCAGGUCCUCGUACAUCGCCACGAAUAUUGUCAUGAUGGCUUGGAGCAUCACGUACCACAGCUGGCUAACCUUCGUGCUGCUGCUGUGGGCGUGUGUGCUGUGGAUGAUUCCCAACCAGAGAGCUGCUAUGCUGAGGUGCUCGCCCUUCCUCGUCGUGUAUGCUGAGCUGCUGUUGCUCCUGCAGUACAUCUACUGCAUGGACCUCACUGACUCUGAGCUUCCGAGCGAGAUGGAGACCGUGAACCUCAGCCAGAUUGGGCUCGUCAAGGUUCCGUACCUGGCUUGCAAACCUCUCCUGGUCAAGGUCCUGUACACCUGCAUGUUCUGGAUCACCCUCCGCCAGUACGUCCAGGAAGUGAUCGAGUCAACGAAGCGGGAGAUGUCGACGGCCGCGGCGCUUCAGCCCUUCACCGUGGCUGUGAGCACGACCAACACGGGGCAGCCGGUGACCACGCUCAUUACCUCGUCGCAGGACGAGCCGACGGCCUCCCCCGUGAUGGAGCGCCUCGGCCAGUGGCUUCGCGGCCUCCUGGUCAAGUUCUGGAUCUGGGUCGUGGCCAUCAUGCUCUUCGUGUUCGGCAUCCAGGGCUCGCAGGUCGUCAUCUUCAGGAUCAUGUACAUGGUGCUGUUCCUCAUUUUCACCAUCACUUUCCAGCUCUCGUACUCAGCCUGGCGAAAUUUCCUCUACGGUUUUUGGCUGACGGUGAUCAUAUACCAGAUGUUCGUACUGGUGCUCACCUACACCUACCAGUUCGACAACUUCCCGACGUACUGGGAGAACUAUACCGGUAUUCCGAAGCAGUUGCAGAACGAUAUGGGGUUGGAGCUCUCGUACUCAGCCUGGCGAAAUUUCCUCUACGGUUUUUGGCUGACGGUGAUCAUAUACCAGAUGUUCGUACUGGUGCUCACCUACACCUACCAGUUCGACAACUUCCCGACGUACUGGGAGAACUAUACCGGUAUUCCGAAGCAGUUGCAGAACGAUAUGGGGUUGGAGGAGUAUUUCCACAAGGAUUUCCUCGCCCUCUCGGACAUUGAAAAGAUCCCCGACCAGCCAGCGCCGAAGGACACGAGGAAGACAGACACCAAAGUCCCAAUGCCCAAUCGACCCGACCUCCUGGAGUCAUGCACGCUGGAUGACGUCAAAGCUCUGGUCGAAUACUAUGGCCAAAAAGUGCUCGCUCGGAUUCAGACAACCUUAGCAGACGCGAUGGAACUUGGCUGGCGAUUCUUGGAACUCCAUAUUAUGAAGAUUGUGCUUGGCUCCGUCAUGAUGCUGGCUUGCUAUGAUGUGUGCGCGCUCCACUGGGCCUUCGCGGUACUGGCAACAGUGGCGGUGCCUUGUCCGGAGAGAAUCCAGACGUACAUCUGCCGCACGUGCGUCGCUCUCUCCUCCCUCCUCCUUAUUGUCAGGAUGAUCUAUCAGAUUAAUUACAUCGACCCUGAGGGAUGGGCGGCGAACUGCACGGAUUACGAAAACUCCACGUGGCCGAAGAUGAACGAGACAGCUAACAACGCGGUCUGGCUCGGUCUCUCCAAGGUGCCGAGCUUGCCCAAGUAUCUCAAGGGAUAUAUAGGUAUCAUCGUCGUGAUCACAGUCCAGGCAGUGGUGCGCAUCAGGCAGCAGUACCAACGACAGCUAACAGGGUUGCCACCUCCCCCUCCUGGCGUCCUGUUCCCCAACGUCACGAGAGCGGUGGCUGACGAUGGCAUCCCCGAGUGCGCUAAAUUUCUGCUGAAUUAUGGGUUUUACAAGUUCGGGGUUGAGAUAUGCCUCAUGAGCCUCGUCGGGGUCAUCGGCACUCGCCUGGACGUGUACUCGCUCUUCUACGCCGGCUGGCUCUGCUACUUCUUCAACAGACAAAGGAAAGACAUCGCCAGAGUGUGGAAGGGCUUCGUCAUCUCCAUCACUGUGCUGAUUCCGCUGCAGUACCUGAUGUGUGUGGGCAUCCCUCCUGCGCUGUGCAUUGACUACCCUUGGCACGAAGUCAUGGACCCCGAGCUGAGAGAGUGGCUUUUCUUCCCUGAUUUCGUGAAGCCUCCGGAGUCGUACAAGAUUGUCACUGACUUCUGCCUGCUGGUGUUCGCCGUGUGUCAGCAGCGCGUCUUUGAGAUAGAGUUCGGACCCGGCGCCGAGGAAUACGAGGGAGGAAGCAACAAGGAAAUUGUACACGAGGAUCCGGCCACGCUCGUUAACCCUAUUCCUGACUUCGUUACGUAUACAAGAUGGAACUACCUCCUCGGCUACAACGUGAGUGUGAUCGUUGUCAAGACUUUUCUUCAACUCCUUGGCUGCGUCUUCUUGUCUCCGCUGGCCAUAAACGCGUGCUGGUUUGUGCAGCUCCUUGGAAUCGCUUGCGUGAAAAAAUUUGGUGACAACUCCGACGACAGAAUUGUGGAAGACCUGAAGAAAUUCUGCGCUGUGCCCAAGUCCGAGGCUGGUCUCAUGUGGGACGGCAUCUGCUUCGGCUUUCUCCUUAUGCAGCGGCGCCUUUUCUCCUCCUUCUAUUUUCAGCAUCUUGUCACGGAGAUGAAGGCACAGACUAAGCUCGCGUCCAGAGGAGCUGAGCUAAUCGCUGAGCUCAUGCAGAAGGAGAUUGCUGAGCGACAGGCAGCAGAAGCAGAAGUGCUGAACAAAAUCAAGGAGAAGAUGGACCGGAUCAAAGCGACGCAACAGCUGGUGCAAGCGAAUCAGACCCGAGAACCCAACAGUCAUUACGAAGCAGGAGGCGCCGACCGGGAGCCGCCUAUCGAGGAGGAGUCCCCCGCUGGCUCCGUCCCGGCGGCCGAGGACCCCCCGCCACAGCCCGUGCACCGGAAGCUAGGCCAUACCAGGAGCUGCCCCUUGUUAGAUGGGGGCCAGCUUAGGGCAUCUGACCCACGCGGUACUGGCCGUCGCGUGCAUGGUAACAUGAAGCCCCUGUUGAGUUCGGCUUUGAAGACUGACAUCGUCGAGGCGGCCGAGGAAGCCCGAGCUGCUCGCUUGUCCGAAUCUGAUGCCGCCUCUCGCCGCUCCUCGUUCAUCCGGAGGCCGGUUCACAGAACGCUCUCUGGUCGGUCGCAGGUUUCCAUGGCCUCCCGGACCUCUCGAACUUCCCGCACGACCUCCAGGAGCGUCAGGAUUCACCCACGACCUCGCUCCCCCCCGGCCGUCCCCCACUCCCCCCCACCCCUGCCUCGCUCUCCCCCUCCGCAGAGGUCCCCACUGGCAUCCCGCCCCCGCCCGCCCUCCACGCUGCCCCCUCUUCCCCCUCUGCCCCAGCUGGACGGGGGGUACCUCGCCGACGACUCCACGGCGCACGACUACUCGGAGAUCGAACCCGCGGAGCCGCAAGGGUUGGCCCCGAUGCUGAGGAAGAUCGUGCACUGGGCUAAAUUUGCGUGGGAGUUUCUCGAAAGCCUGAUGAUCUCGGCGACGCAGCAGCUGAAUCGUCUCUCCAAGGACUACCGUUACGUCGCGAGCUGCCUGGCAGAGGAGAAGAAGAGGCUGAAGGAGACGGAGGGCUUCUGCGUGAUGCCCGGGAGCCAACCUCUCAGCCUCACCACCACCCAGGAGUGGACCGAGGUUCCUCUCAACCAGCACAGGUACGGCGGGCAGGAACCUCUGGAAAUUCGAGUGGAAAAGGCAAGCGAGGACAAAACAGAUGACAGCGUGGACUUUGUAGACUUGCCCGAAGGAGCCGAGAAGGAGUUCAAGAAGGAACAGCCGCCCAUCGUCAAGCUUAUGGUCGCCUGCUGGUACGCCAUGCUCUCCCGCUCUGAACUCGUCUCGUACAUCAUGAUCUUCGUCAACCAAAUCAAGUCCGCCAGCCUCCUGUCUCUUCCUCUGCCGUUCAUGGUCUUCCUCUGGGGCUCACUCAGCGUCCCUCGGCCUUCCAAGACGUUCUGGAUCACCGUCAUCGCCUACACGGAGGUAAUUGUGGUCGUGAAGUACCUGUUCCAGUUCGACUUCUUCCCGUGGAACCAGGUGGCGCGCCUCAAGGCCCCCUUCUGGCCUCCAAGAAUCAUCGGCGUCGAGAAGAAGGACCGCUACGCCGUGUACGACCUGGCGCUGCUCCUGGUCGUCUUCUUCCACAGGUUCAUGCUGAAGAGCCUGGGCCUGUGGAAGGAGUCCUCGGACACGACGCCCACCGCCAGCGUGCACUCGUCGCCGUCGCGCAGCUCCUCGCAGUCCUCCUUCACGCAGUCCCGCACGUCCUCGUCCGUGCAGCCCAUCCCGUGCAGGAAGCCCACGGAGUCGUCUGCCUCUUGGACCACGUGCAAGGAGGACAGCUCCAACUCGCAGUCCCACUCCGGCGACGGCUCCACGCUCUCCUACACCAAGGACACGUCGCUGCUCUCCAAGGACACGAGGGAGAGCUCCCUGACGUCCAAGGACACGAAGGACAGCUCGCUGAACCUGAAGGAGCUCAAGGACGGCUCCCUGUCGUCCAACGUGAAGGACAGCUCCCUGCAGUCCAGCACGAGGGACACGUCGCUGCCGUCGCACACGCGGGAGAGCUCGCUGCCGACCACCACCAAGGAGAGCUCCCUCACCCUGAUGGAGCACGAGGAGGAGGAGGAGAACUCGCUCCUGCUCAACGCCAACGACGACUCGCUCCUGUCCCGCGCCUCGGAGCCCCUGCCGGCGUCGUCGCCCCCGAGGCACUACCGCCAGCUGUCGGAGGACGGGCGCGCCGUGCAGACGCGCUUCGACCUGGACAUGCCCCGGGCCGGCGCGCGCCACCGCUCCGGCAGCGAGGUCGUGGCCUACCGCCGGACGUGGUCGCCGUGCCAGUCGUACGGGCGCCACCCCUCCGUGUGCUCGCAGCCGCCCGGGAGCCUCAACCUGAGGGCCUCAUCCCUGGCGACGAGGAGGGCGCACCGAAGGCACCUCUCGGAGGGCUCCCGCGUGUCCUUCAACGAGCGGCCGCUCUCCACCACGUCGCACUGCACGCACCUCUCGCAGUCCCAGGCCUCGGAGUCCGUCCACGUGACCUGCGCGGCGUGCAACCUGCAGGCGCUCAAGGACUUCCAGAAGCCGGAUUUCGAGGAGGUCAGGGAGAACAUUCAGCAGCUCCCCAAGUUGGCCAAAGGAGGGGCGGACCAUCUCGUUGGGAAAGUCCGCGGCUUCAUCACGGCCCUCCUGCACCCCGAGUACCAGGUCUCCGUCGACGUCUACGCUUAUAUGUUCUUCUGCGAUUUCUUCAACUUCUUCGUUCUCAUCUUUGGCUUUUCGGCUUUUGGUACCCAGCAGGGCGACGGGGGCGUGAGUGCCUACCUCGAGGACAACCGCGUGCCAGUGCCAUUCCUCGUGAUGCUCAUCCUCCAGUUCGGCCUCAUCAUCGUCGACAGGGCGCUGUUUCUCAGGAAGUUCAUCCUUGGCAAGCUGAUCUUCCAGGUCGCCCUCACCUUCGGAAUCCAUAUCUGGAUGUUCUUCAUCUUACCGGCCGUCACGGAGAGGGAGUUCAACGACAAGCACCCCCCGCAGAUCUGGUACAUGGUAAAGUGCCUGAACCUGCUGCUAUCCGCCUACCAGAUCCGCUGCGGGUACCCGACCAGGAUCCUCGGUAACUUCCUCUGCAAACAGUACAAUUACGUCAACCUCUUCGCCUUUCGAAUGUUCAUGAACGUGCCCUUCCUCUUUGAACUGCGGACGCUCAUGGACUGGAUCUGGACUGACACGAGCAUGAACCUCAGCGACUGGGUGAAGAUGGAGGAUAUCUUCUCGCACAUCUUCCAGAUCAAGUGCGAGCGUCGAGCGGAGGACGAGUACCCACAAGGGCGCGGCGAAAGCAAGCGCAAGAUCAUUAAAUACGGGAUGGGCGGCUGUGCCUUGCUGGGCGUGAUCGCUCUCAUCUGGUUCCCUCUGGUGCUGUUCGCCCUCAGCAACACCGUCGGCCAGCCCAACCCGCCCUAUGACGUCACGGUCGAGAUCAGCAUCGGCGCCUACCAGCCCAUCUUCCGCAUGACGGCGCAGCAGCAGUCGCUCUACACAUUCACCAUGAAGGACUGGGACUCCUUCAACUACCACUACCGCGCCGACCGCCAGGCGCAGACGUUCCUCAGCAACUACGACUUCGGCGAUGUGGUCGUGGCGGAACUCAGCGGGAACUCGACGGCCAUCUGGGGCAUAUCGCCGCCCGCGCAGCGGCGUCUGAUCAGCGACCUGCAGAGCCACCACCCGAUCCGGCUGAAGAUGCGCUGGAGUGUCAAGCGGCCGUCCAAGUCCCCGGAUGUGGCGUCCGAAUGCAAGGACGAGACGGAGAUUCAGCUCAAGGCGUUCGAAGGGAGCGAACGAAACCCCGUCCGAGACAAACUGGUUCGAAUACUGGAAGGCGAACUCGACUCGAACCCCGUGCUGAUCGAGAACCUCCUCCCGAAGUUCCUGAAGGUGACCAACAAGGGGCAGGCUCUCUACGUGCCGCAGCUGGAAGACAAGAAAAAGGGUUUCGUCGACCUUCGUCUCACCCUUCAGUCUGACGGCUUUGGGAACCUCUCCUCGACCCAAGAAUGGUGGGAAGUGGAGGAGGAGUGCAAACACUUCACCUGGCUGCCGAGGGGGAGUGAAUGCCGCUUCCUCACCAUCUACACGUUCAAUGACAAAGCUUUUCCGGAAGGGCUGAGCUUCAUCUCCGGGGGCGGAAUCGUGGGCAUGUACACAACCCUCGUGCUGGUAGCGGGCAAGAUGCUCCGUGGAUAUUUCGCUGGUUCUGCUCUCAAGAUAAUGUUCGACGAUAUGCCCAACGUCGAUAGGAUCAUGCAGCUGUGCCUCGACAUCUACCUCGUGCGUGAGAGCCGAGAGCUGGAGUUGGAGGAGGACCUGUUUGCCAAGCUCGUGUUCCUCUUCCGCUCUCCCGAGACGCUGAUAAAGUGGACGAGGCCGGAGGAGGAGGAGACACCGGAGGGCGAGGAAGGGGAUCCACAGCUGGAGUGAAGGAAGUGAAUGUGGAGUGAAGGAGGAAGUGGUGGAGGUGGAAUAAAGGAUGAGGAAGAGACUCCGGAGGACGAGGAAGAGAGACUGCAGAUGGAGUGAAGAAGGAAGUGGAGUAAAAAUGGAAGAGAGAGGAAGGAAAUCCACAGAAGACGGAGCAGAUGGAUGUGGAAGAAGUAAAAGUGGAACAAUGGGCUAAUAUUGAUGAUGGAGGUGGAUGAAAGUGAAGAUGGUGAUAGAGAGAAAAGAAAAGAAAAAAGAAAAAUGUAGGAGCAUACUUACCUAACUACCGACAUACAUACAGAAAAGCACAUGCAUUUCUUCGGUGGGAGUUAAUUAUUAAUGAUCUUUUGAAGGCGAUGAUGCUUAUCUGUCUCAGCUUUGACUUUGAGAUUAGACAUGCUUACCUACGAGAGAGAGAGAGAGAGAGAGAGAGAGAGAGAGA